UACAUUUACACGAAACAACUACUUCAGAAGUGUCCUUCAAAGAUCCAUUCAGUGACUGCAGAAUAUUUGCUUGGACAAUUCUUGCUAAAUCUUUGCAUUAGCUGGCUAACUAGCAAAGCUUCUCAUAUCGCCGCCCGAAUGCAGUGAAGUGUCGGGGUAGCUAAGCUAGCCACAGAGGCACGGCCUUCCAGGGAAUUACGGAGCCGUCUUUUAUAAUGUCAAGCAGCCGGCAGCAACAAGCUGGAGGUGGACCUGGUUCUGGUCCUGGAACAAGCAGUGGCAGCAAUAGUAGCGCCAGCAAUGCAAAUACUGGGAGCAGUAACGCUACACAUGGGACCAGUUCUGAGGAUGGAGUGUCUUCACGGACACUGGGAUCGGGAGGCGAAGGACAAUCUGUCGCCACACAGGGUGGUAGACCUGGUUCAUCCAGUGGAAAUUACAGCAGAAAAAGACCUCUUUACAAUGGUCUUAUUAACCCGUAUGAGGAUAAGAGUAAUGAUUUUGUGUGCCCCAUAUGUUUUGAAAUGAUAGAGGAAGCACAUAUGACAAAAUGUGGCCACAGCUUCUGUUACAAAUGUAUUCGACAGAGUUUGGAGGACAGCAACAGGUGCCCAAAAUGUAAUUACAUAAUAGAUAAUGUGGAUCAACUAUAUCCUAACUUCUUAGUGAAUGAACUUAUCCUUAAGCAGAAGCAAAGAUCGGAAGAAAAACGCCUAAAACGAGACCACCCUAAUGGCACCAGAUGGCAGUUUUUCCAAGACGUUAUGGGCACAGAACAAGAUAAUCUUGAUUUAGCCAAUGUCAACUACAUGUUGGAACUUUUAGUGCAGAAAAAGAAGCAGCUUGAAGCAGAAUCACAAGCAGCACAGCGUCAGAUCCUAAUGGAAUUUCUGAAAGAAGCCAGAAGAAAUAAAAGAGAGCAAUUGGAGCAGUUGCAGAAAGAAUUGAAUUUCCUGGAGGAAGACAUCAAGCGCGUUGAGGAAAUGAGUGGCUUAUACUCUCCAGUUAGUGACACUGAUCCCAACUUGGAUAGCACCGUUCCUCAGUUUGAGGCUCACUCUCCCGCACCCAGCAGUAGUAUCAUAGACCCCUCAGAGUACAUCCAACCUCCUGGAUUUGGAGGCAGUUCACAGGGUAAAAGGCAGACGUGGUACAACAGUACCCUCGCAUCUCGACGGAAAAGGCUUACGGCACACUUCGAAGAUCUGGAGCAGUGCUACUUUUCCAACAGGAUGUCCCGAAUUACAGAUGACAGCAGGACUGUCAAUCAACUGGAUGACUUCAUGGAGUGUCUCUCAAAAUUCACACGCUACAAUUCUGUGAGGCCCUUGGCCACCCUCUCAUACGCCAGUGACCUUUACAACGGCUCCAGUAUUGUGUCCAGCAUCGAAUUUGACCGUGAUUGUGAUUACUUCGCCAUCGCUGGCGUCACCAAGAAAAUUAAAGUCUUUGAAUACGGGACGGUGAUCCAGGAUGCCGUGGACAUUCAUUAUCCCGUCAACGAGAUGACGUGCAACUCCAAAAUUAGCUGUAUCAGCUGGAGUAGCUACCACAAGAACCUUUUGGCGAGCAGUGAUUACGAAGGAACCGUCAUCCUGUGGGAUGGGUUCACAGGCCAGAGGUCAAAGGUUUAUCAGGAGCAUGAGAAGAGAUGCUGGAGUGUAGAUUUUAAUCUUAUGGAUCCCAAACUCCUUGCUUCAGGCUCAGAUGAUGCAAAAGUUAAGUUGUGGUCCACCAACCUGGACAACUCUGUCGCUAGCAUUGAGGCCAAGGCCAAUGUAUGUUGUGUUAAAUUCAGCCCGACUUCAAGAUAUCAUCUCGCCUUUGGCUGCGCAGACCACUGCGUCCACUACUAUGACCUGCGCAACACUAAACAGCCCAUCAUGGUGUUCAAAGGCCACCGGAAGGCAGUGUCCUACGCCAAGUUUGUCAACGGAGAAGAGAUCGUGUCUGCCUCCACAGACAGUCAGCUGAAGCUGUGGAACGUGGGCAAGCCGCACUGCUUACGCUCUUUCAAAGGCCACAUUAACGAGAAGAACUUCGUGGGACUGGCCUCCAAUGGAGACUACGUAGCGUGCGGAAGCGAAAACAACUCGCUUUAUCUUUACUACAAGGGGCUGUCCAAAACGCUGCUGACGUUUAAGUUUGACACUGUGAAGAGCGUGCUGGAUAAAGACAAGAAAGAGGACGACACCAAUGAGUUUGUCAGUGCUGUCUGCUGGAGAGCGCUGCCAGAUGGGGAGUCUAACGUGCUCAUUGCAGCCAACAGUCAAGGAACAAUCAAGGUACUUGAGCUGGUUUGAAGGUUGGUCUAAAUCAGCCGGCGGAACCCGUGUGAAACCACGGCUCGGUUCCUCACCUGGGAAACCUGAGACUGGAACGUAAAAGCUCGGAUGAAUAGAAGCCGACAUUUCCAAUGAAAAAAAAAAAAAGUUUGGGAAGAACGGACACGGCCCGAAGUCUUUUUAAUUUUUAAUCAGUAAAACUGUUGGAAAAGACUUGAUGUCCAUCUCACAUUCUAGCAGUGUGAAUGUGUGAGAGAAGCAAGGCGGAGCGUUCCGUGAGGUGUCAUAGCCCUACUGCAUCUUUUGAA